AUGGCGCGCUUUACCACGUUAUGCGCGCUGCAGCUCUCGCUCCUCUUCUCCCUCGCCUCCGCCCAAGGCCUCGGUAUCGAAGUUACGAAGCCGGUUGACUGCACACGGAAGACGCAAGCUGGUGACAAGAUCACUGUCAACUACAAGGGAACAUUAGAGAGCGAUGGAUCUCAAUUCGACUCGAGCUACGACCGGGGAGACCCUUUUAGGUUCACGUUGGGAGCAGGACAGGUCAUCGCAGGAUGGGAUCAGGGUCUCGUAGGAAUGUGCAUUGGAGAGGGUAGGAAGUUGACCAUUCCGCCAAGUCUGGGAUAUGGCAGUUUCGCAACUGGACCCAUCCCCGCCGGAUCGACUUUGAUCUUUGAGACUGAGCUGUUGGGCAUCGAUGGCGUACAGGCAGACCCGGAGAAACCACCUGCACCACCCGCUCCCGAGCGUCCUACCGUUGCAAAACCAAUCGAGUCGUCCGAGCCUACUGAAAAACCCAUUCCCACUGCUGUCGCUACACCAGCCUCUUCCGAACAGCGACCUGCGACGUCUGACGCCGCCACCACCAAGCCCGCAACGACUGCUUCUGGCAAUCCGAUGGAGUCAGACGACAACGGCGAGUGCCAUCUGCUGGGACCAUACGCUCUGAUAGUCCAAGGUGCUUUGGGCCUGCUGGCUGUUUCCUCGCUGGCCUUUAAACGGUGGCGCGAAACGCCCCGCCGUCCGCUCAAGAUUUGGUUCUUCGACGUGUCAAAACAGGUCUUUGGAUCUGUUCUGCUGCACUUGGCCAACAUUUUCAUGUCCAUGAUUUCAUCAGGGAAGUUUGAUGUCGCUGCGAACACAAAGGCUACUCCACAAUUAGCAGGCCAGGACGACGAGGGCAACCAGCCGAAUCCUUGUUCGUUCUACCUGCUCAAUCUUGCGAUUGACACAACCAUCGGCAUUCCGAUCCUCGUACUUCUUCUCAAGGUCCUUCACCGGGCUUUCCUCUUGACACCCAUGGCGAACCCGCCCGAGUCGAUCCGCUCCGGAAACUAUGGCCACCCACCGCGAGCUACCUGGUGGCUCAAACAGUCCGUCAUUUACUUCCUCGGCCUUCUCGGCAUGAAGUUGUGCGUCUUCUUCAUCUUCCAGCUUCUGCCUUGGAUUGCAUGGGUGGGCGAUUGGGCUCUGCGCUGGACCGAGGGCAGCGAGGCACUACAGAUUCUCUUUGUCAUGUUCAUUUUCCCGUUGAUUAUGAAUGCAAUGCAAUACUGGAUCAUCGACGGGUUUAUUAAGGACCCUGCUGGGGGCGAAAGUCAUUACACGGUCGCAGCUGGCGACGAAAGUGACGACGAAAGCGAUGACGAAUGGCUUGAGCGGCGGAGACAGGGGCGGGACGACGAAGAUAGCGAGAUCGAGACUGCAGAAACUGCGCCGCUGAAGGAGGCAAACCCGACGGCAGUCCCUGUGCGGAGCAGAGAGUACGACCCUCACAUCGACGGUGCUGGAAGCAAGUCGGACGGACGCAAAGAACGGAGUGAAUAG